GCACGCACACACAGACACGUACAGAGCUGGUAGAUAGGAUAAAAGCAGUAAUGGCUUCCACGACCACCACCAUGUCCUCUCUUGCCAUGGCCCUCGCGCUGCUGCUCUUGAGCGGUGGCAUCGGCGGCGCCGCGCGGCAGCUACAGGAGCUCCCGAAGCCUGACCUGCCGCCGUUGCCCAAGCCUGAGGUACCACCAAGGCCGGACCUACCGCCGCUCCCCAAGCCCGAGGAGCAGCCACCGUUGCCCAAGCCGGAGCUGCCGGUGCCACCGCAGCCACUCCCCGUCCCGCCGCAGCCGUUGCCCAAUCCCGAGCUGCCGGUGCCACCGGAGCCUCUCCCCGUCCCACCGCAGCCACUCCCCGUCCCGCCGCAGCCGUUGCCCAAUCCCGAGCUGCCGGUGCCACCGGAGCCCCUCCCCGUCCCACCGCAGCCCCUGCCGAAGCCCGACGACAUGCCGGUGCCACCCGAGCCCCUCCCCAAGCCCGAGCUCCCGGUCCCGCCGCAGCCCAUGCCCAAGCCUGAGCUUCCCGUCCCACCGCAGCCCCUGCCGAAGCCCGACAUGCCGGUGCCACCCGAGUCCCUCCCCAAGCCCGAGCUACCGGUCCCACCGCAGCCCCUGCCCAAGCCUGAGCUUCCCGUUCCACCAGAGCCCCUCCCAAAGCCUGAGCUGCCGGUGCCACCGGAGCCCCUCCUCAAGCCGGAGCUCCCCGUGCCACCGCAGCCCCUCCCCAAGCCGGAGCUCCCCGUUCCACCAGAGCUCCUCCCAAAGCCGGAGCUCCCGGUGCCACCGGAGCCCCUCCCCAAGCCCGAGCUCCCCGUUCCACCGGAGCCCCUCCCAAAGCCGGAGCUGCCACCCCCGGUGCUGCCUGGCGAGCUUCCACCGAAGCCAGAGUUAGUCCCGCUCCCGCCGAAGGCUGAAAUAAUGCCGCCGCUGCCGAAGCCAUGAUCGAUGAGCUACGACGACUUCACGGGCGCACAUAUAUAUAUAUCGAUCGACACUGCGCGCGCUCCACGAUCCAAAUAUUUACGAUUUGUCUACUUUCCAUUCGAUUUUUUGCUGAUUCAUCUGCGUGUUUGGUUUGGAUUGGACGAGGGUGUGCAUAGCUAGGUAGCGCAUCUUAUCAGAAUUGCAGCGUGGAGUGUAUAUUGCCAUGCCAUCUGAUUCGUGACCGCGAUCUGUCUAUGUACUCUUGCUGAGAUCCAUAUGUAUAUACCUAAUAAAUGGAUUCGUUUGUAUA